UGAAGUUCAAUAAAGAACCCUAGUUCAUAGAGUUUCAUCUCUUGAAUUUGCCCUUGAUUGAUUGGGAUUGAAUCCAUCAACCAAGCGAGCUCAUCAUCAAUUGAGUAUCCCCUCAAUUGUGGACGAGUUGCCAACCUAAAAUCGUUCGAGACUCUUCCCGAAUCUGGUGUGAAGUUAUACGUUCGAGCCAUCGUCCUCCGAACCUUCUCUCUUUUGCUUCGAGUGGGUUCAACCUAAGCGAAUCUUGAAAGACUGUUCAUCAAAAGCUCAAGGGUGAGAUUAUAUCAAGUGGCAUCACGAGCCUGGUUCCACACACUGACAAUGACGAAGAAGUAGGAUUUACCUGCUGCUGCAAGAACGCGAGCAAAGGAUCCCAUCGCAAAAAGAACAUUAGAGGCAGAAUCCUUGCCAAAGGAGGAAACCUCAAUUGACGAAGUACCAAUGGUCGAAGAGAAGAUCAACUUCUCUGAACUCCUCCAGAUAAUCAUGGCGCAGCUGAACGUCAUGUUUCAGGCACAAUUUGAUUAGAUUAAUCGUCAAUUGGCCGAACUAAAAACAUCAGCGAGCAAACCUCUUACGAUGGAAAGAGUUGCAGAGUACGUUCCAAACCCGGAAGGCAACCGAGUUCAGACUGUCCCAACUGGAGCCUUCCCAGAGUUAGAUGACAAGAUCCGCAAUCUGGAACGAAGACGUGUCAUCGCCGAAGGAUAUCCGUUACCUCUCAACCACGAAUUUCCUAGCCAUAACAAUCGGCCAUUGGAGGCAGAGCAAGAGGUUGUCGUGGCAGACCUCAAAGGAAUCAAACUUUCGAUUCCUUCGUUCUCCGGGUCCAACACUGUUUAUGCCUACUUGGAUUGGGAAAGAAAAUUAGUUCUCUUCUUCCAAUGUGGCAACUACACAGAGACACAGAAGGUCUUGCUUGUCACCUGCAAGUUUACGGACUACGCGGCGGUGUGGUGGGAGAAGGUGCAGCUUUGACGAUGAAGAAACCUCCAACCCGCCAUGAUGACUUGGGACGAGUUGAAAAGUUUGAUGAGGGACCGUUUCGUGCCCGAAUAUUACCAAAGGGAGCUCUUUGAGUCCCUAUAAGGAAUUCAACAGGUUUCGAGAUCAGUUGACGAGUAUUACAAAGAGCUCGAGAUGCUCUUAAUGAGAGCCGAUGUCCGAGAAGGCAAAGAGGACACAACUUCGAGAUUCUUGCACGGCUUGAAUCGAGAAAUUAGGUAUGAGGUGGAGCUCAAACAUUUUGGGGAGCUCCUAAUUGGCCGACCAUGGAAAUUUGAUAGAUGAGUAUGUCACUACGGGGGUACUAACUGAGUAACUGUUACAAGUUUAAACUCGACAACCAUAGCUUUCUUUUGAAGCCCAUGUCGCUGGCAGAGGCUUGAGCUGAUCAACGAUAGAUGAAAAUCAAUCGGUUGCAGCGAAGAGGGGAGUCCAACAUUACUAAUUUGAUGAUACAAAGAUAUAUGUUAACAACGUACAAAAGGAGAAGGAAUGCAGACGAGCUCAGACAGUUUGGGGAAGCCUACCACAAGUAUAUUGAAGCAUGCAACAAGUUCGUUAAAGCCUACCGCAAGUUUAUGAAAGCCUACCACAAGUGAGAAGUGGAGAAAGAGAUGAGCAAAAGGGAGGGGAAGGGGAAUGCGAAGCCUACCACAAGUUCAUCAAAGCCUACCAUAGAUUCAUUAAAAUCUACCGCAAGUUUAUCAAAGCAUACCACAAGUGGGAAGAGGGAGGGAAAAGGAAUGGAUAAGCAUUCCAUAAAAAGCACAUGACAAGUUCGUUAAAACAUACCACAAGUUUAUCAAAGCCUACUACAAGUUUCUUAAAACAUACCAUACCAUUGGACCUAUUUGUAAAUUUGAAAAUCUUUAGGUAUCAAAAUGUAAUAGAAAAAUUUAUAGGUACUGAAAUGUUUUUUUAUCAAUAUUUUUAGGACUUAUAUGUAAAAGAAAUUAAUUUUAUGCACUAAAUAUAAAGACCCAUUAAGUUU